AUGUCGUCCUUAUCAAAGCAUUUGAGUCUAUCUAAUUCAAGUCCCAAUGCAAAUCCUUGUCAGUCUUUGAGUGUCUCGUUUAAUCCAAGAACGCAUCGCCAUAAGCGGUCUCAGGCAAUUUCUGGUGAUUUUGAUGGUUUAGGACUCUUCAAUGUUCCUGGAACUGGAAAUGCUAGUGCUGCUGGUGCUGCUGGUGCUGCUGGUGCUGCUGGUGCUGGCGGUGCUGGCGGUGGAGGACUAAUAUCCUCGCCUUUGUGUUCGUAUAUCACCACCACUGCGGCAGUCCAGGUUAUUUCGAUUCCUGAGCCAAAAGAAAAAGCAUUUGAGUUGGCUCACACACCAAUUAAUCUAGAUGACUUGGACCGGCAUUUCCAGUUUGAUAAUAAGGAGGACUUUGUAAAUCACCCAACAGACUCUAAUUUUUCAUUUCCCAAGAGCGAUUGUCAAGAAGGGGAAGAGCAACAACAACAACAACAACAGCAGCAGCAGCAGCAGCAACAACAACAACAACACAAAGGAUUUAUGGGUGUUUAUUCUAGUCAUAUGAACCAAUCAUUGAAGAGCUUGAGCUCGCCGAUACAAUUGCACAACAAAUCAUCACAAUUAUCCCUUAGGCAACAGUGCUCGACUCCUACCCAAAGUGAUGUACCGGAUGCAGUUAUUGAUUUGGACUAUAUCCUAACGGCAAAUUUACACAUUGGAUCUAGUAUGGACGAGCCUCAGAUGUUUAUUCAAGAUGAGUUUUUGGGAUCACCAGCGAUUGCAGAAGAAGAGGAUAUAGAGGAUAGGACUGUUAUGGCAUUAGAUGUUGUUGAUUCGAGUGAAUGUGAUUUACCAUUACAACAACCAACAAACUUUUACUCACUGGCAAAUUCAUCUUCAUCUAGUUUUACCUUUAAUAGUAAUAACCCUACAGCAACACCUACACAACAAAGAUCAGGUGCAAAAGCUAACCGGUAUCAAAUUUUUUACGAUCAAUCGAAUAGGAUAUCAAAUGCAAUGAAGGGUCCAUAUUUUGAAAACGUCGAUAGGCUAGCUACACCUCCCAUGCAUGCACAAACACAAACGCAAACACAAACGCAUUCACAAUCACAAGUACAAAUACAACAGCAACCUAAUUUCCGUAAAAAGUAUUUAAAUCAUUACUCCUCGCUACCUUCACUAAAGAACAAACGAUCAUUCUCCUCGGGUAGGUACCAUGAUUUGAAGAAGGUUUCAUCGCCAACGAAAGAUUUUUAUAAAUCGGCUCAUCUUUCAAUGUCACCAACAAGAUACAGUUCGGAAAUAAAUUUCAACCAUGAUUUUCAAGAGUUGCCCUCGUUGCACCCACCUGUACCUCAAAGCACAACACCCUCUACUUUGGGAACCCAAUCUACAGACGAAUCCAGAAACAAGGUAUAUUCUUCUGCAAGUCCUACUAGCAUCAACUCGGAGAUUUCCUCAAUGGUUAUCGAUGACACCAAGACGAAACGAAAGGAGAAUGAUUUAUCCUCAUCAGUGAUUACAAAUCAAAAUCAAGAGCUAAUACACAAACAACUGGCGGCACCUGCUCUUUUCCACGCUCCACCACAAGGUGAAAACAAUAGAAAUUCACUCAAGAGCGAGUCUACAAUAUCGACUUCAAAUAAGUCAUCAGUGUCAACAGUAUACCCCUCGGCAAUAGAGACUUUACCGCAAUCGCCAAUAUCCAAAUCUGUAUCGCCUAGAAAUAGAAGCAUAAGUCCAAUAAGGGCGUCUUCUUCCCCGCAAACAAGAAGAGCACGGACAAGGAUGGAAACGCAAAUCUUGAAGCAAACACAAAUUCCCAAAUUGAAGAAAGACAUACAAUCAACAGAUUGUCUUCAAACCAAUCCUAAUAAUUCAGGUGUCAUGACACCCUUGUCAGCAUCUACAUCAUCCUCCAUAGCAUUAUCGGCAUCAAUCUCAGAAGAUAAACAAAUCAUUCAAGAUGACAAUUUGUUUGUAAAUACACAGCCCAUAUAUAAAAAAAAGGGCUAUUACCACCACUACCAUAGACGAAGCAAAAGUAUGGUUGAGGAUACUUUUCGAAUCAAGAACAACACGGCUUCUUCUUCUUCUUCUUCUACCACUUCGUCAUCUAGACGUAGCUCAAAGUUUUUUGACUGGCUCAAAAAGAAAUAG